UGGGCACUUGGGAACGAAAGAAAGCGUGACAUGACAUUCGCACAAGCCAAAGCAAGACAGCCAAAUUGCACACAAACAAAGCACAACACAACACGCAAGACAACACGCAAGCACACACAAACAAACCUUCACGGCAGCCAAGCACAAUGUCUGGGUUGGUUGGAGGGUUCAUGCAGCAGGUGGGCUGCAUCAUGUUCAUGGCGACGGCGCCAGUGCUGUGGUACCAGUCCCUGCUCAUCACAGAUGUCAUGGACAUUGUGGCUGUGGACCCGGGCUACCUGUGCAUGACCCUGGGCAUGCUCAUCACCGCAGAAGCAUUCCUGUACCUCCAGCUUCCCAUCGACAUCAUCCCAGACUUCAUCCCCGUGCUGGGCAAGUGCGACGAUGCACUGGCAUACAUCGCCGCGGCAGCCGGAGGCCUUCUCACCGUGGCUGGCGCGUCCUCCUGGAUUGCCUCUGAUGACGGACCGUCCCUGGACCUUCACAUGGCCGAAUGAAUGAAUGCUGUGCUCUGUGUGUGUGUGUGUGUGGUGUGUGGAUGUGUGUGGAUGUGUGUGUGUGUG